AUGGCGGAGCCAGAGCAUCCCGACGGCGCCUCGUCCUCGUGUCGCCGAUCGUCCACCACGACAGCCCACAUCGACGCUUUGCUCGAAAAGUGGCGAGCCGCCGUCGCAGCACGGUUCGCCUCGAGCGCGACGCCACGAGACGACCACGAGCCGCCGCCGCCGGUCCUCGACAAGGGCGCCUGCAUCCCUGUCUACCGCAGCGUCUUUCCUGAGCGAGGCGACGACGAGAAGGUGUCGACUCGCGGCGACGUCAAGACGCUCGACCACAAGGAGCCCAUGUCGCACGACACUUUCGAAGGACUCGUCGAGCAAGUACGUCUCGCGAUCGAGGCCGGCGUCCAGCCUCGGCUCAACAGCAAAGGGUCCUCGGGCAGCUACUUUGCGCGCAACGUCGUCGGCCGCACGCUCGGCAUCUUCAAACCCGCCGACGAGGAGCCUUAUGGCACGCUCAACCCGAAAUUGUCCAAGUGGAUCCACCGCAACUUCCUGUCCCCCGUCAUCCCGUUCGGGCGGGCGUGCCUCCUCCCCGGCCAGUCGUUCAUCAGUGAGGCGGCCGCCUCCGUCGUCGACGAGGCGCUCGCGACGCACAUCGUGCCGCGCACCGAGGUCACCGAGCUCGCGAGCCCGGCCUUCUUCUACGACUGGGUCGACCUCGAGCGCGAGCGGCGCAAGGGCGGCAAGCUGCGCGCCAAGGAGGGCUCGUUCCAGGUCUUUCUCGACAGCUUCGUCGACGCCUCUGCAUUCCUCGCUCGGCAUCCCUUUCCCGGCCGACCCGUCGCGCCCUCCUCAAACGAGCAGAGCCGCUCGUCGCAGGCGCGCAGGCGCCACCACCGCCGAGGGUGCUGCACGACGGCGCUCCUGUGCCUGUGCGGCCGGACGGGCGCAGAGCGGGACGAGGUCGAGCCGGCGCUCGAGCACGAGGACGAGGGGCAGGGUCCGAGCGCGACGGGCGAGGGGCCCGCAGAGCAGCCGCAGCCGGGGAGGCGCAUGCGGGUCGAUGCCGCGUCGGCGAGCACGGCGUUCGAGUGGACGGUCGAGAUGGUCGAGAGCUUCAGGGAGGAGCUCGAGAAGCUCGUCGUCCUCGACUUCCUCAUCCGCAACACCGACCGAGGUCUCGACAACUUCAUGCUCAAGCCGUGCACGCUCGCGUGCUCGCCCUCGGCGCCGCCCAAGCCGCACCUGCACCUCGCCGCCAUCGACAACUCGCUCGCGUUCCCGCACAAGCACCCGUCGGGCUGGCGCACCUACACGUACGGCUGGCUGUACCUGCCCCUGUCGCUCAUCGGCGAGCCGUGGUCGGCCGCGGCGCGAGCGCACUUCUUCCCGCUCCUCGCCGACCCCGAGUGGUGGAGCGCGCUCAAGGUGCGGCUCCGGCGCGAGUUCUGCCGCGACCGCGCGUUCAGCGACGAGAUGUGGGAGCGGCAGUGGAGCGUCGUCAAGGGCCAGGGCCUGCUGCUCGUCAAGAGCCUGCGCAACGAGGACGAGGGUCCUGUCGAGCUAGCUCGCCGCUCGAAGAAGCUCGUCGUUGACGAGUACCGCCUCGUCCCGUCGCCUGUCGAUCCGCCCGCACCUUCGCCCAACCUGCGACGCCUCGACUCGGAGCCUCGACUUCCCGCACCAUCACCCGUCGACGCCCAUGAGGCGCUCGAGCGCCCUGCACUGCCCGAGCGUCGCUCAGCUCCGGCCGACGCCAUCCCGCACGUCGUCCUCGACGACGCCCGUCCUCGCGCACCCGCUCCCUCGUCUGCGACCCUCCACGCUCCCGUCGUCGUCCGCCACGCUCGACACCGUCGUUCUCGCUCCGACAUGGCGCCGGACUCGUCCGCGUCGUCGUUCGUCGCCGGCCGCAGCCUCUCCGCCUCGUUCGACGGCGCGGCCGACUCGGCGCGCUUCCUGCGCCGACCGCUCGACGCCCUCGCGGCGCCGUCAGGGCGUCGCUCGAGCCACGACGAUGCGGCGGCAGGGGCGCCCGACGGCGAGGAGACGGGCGUCGCGUUCCUGUCGAGGCUCGACCGCGUUGAGGCGACCGAGGCCCGUCGGCUCAAGCGCGCUCGUCGAGACCGAGCGGCGCGACGGGCGCUCGACGACGCGUCGAACGUCGACGGCGCUGCGCUCAGCGACGGCGAGGGCGCACGCGGGCUCGGCGGCCGGCGGCCGGCGGCGGGACUCGAUAGGGUCCGAGCGGCGGACGAGACGCGGUCCGAGCGGCGGCCGAGGGCGAGCGGCAAGGAGGCGGACGAGACGACGCGUCUGCUGGGUGGGACUAUCGACGAGGAGGACGAGGACGAGGAGGGAGAGGACGAGCUGAACGGGCGCAUGAUCAUGAGCUGGUUCGGCGGGCAAGGGCAGCAGGCGUUGCGGCGGGACGAGGAAGAGCAGGUGGGACAUGCUCCGGCGGUGUCUACCAGGCCCCUGCAGUGGGUCGUUGUCGAGCGUGUCGAGGCCGUCAAGGAGACUCGACGAGCAUGGCCCUGGCGAUGGUAGAUGCCCGAGGACCUCGUCAGCUCCUCGCAAUCACCUCGUCCUCCGCC